UAAUGACAGCAUGGAGCGUCAGGGUGCUCCUCUUGGACCUUACCGGGCCACCAAGCUGUGGAAUGAAGUAACCACAUCUUUUCGAGUAGGAAUGCCUUUAAGAAAACAUAGACAACAUUUAAAAAAAUAUAACAAUUGUUUCACUGCAGUUGAAGCUGUAGAUUGGCUUUAUGAUCUGUUAAGAAGUAAUAGUAAUUUUGGUCCUGAAGUUACAAGACAACAGACUAUUCAACUAUUGAGAAAAUUUCUUAAGAAUCAUGUGAUUGAAGAUAUCAAAGGUAGAUGGGGAUCAGAAAGCCUUGAUGACAACAAUCAACUAUUCAGAUUUCCUGCAACUUCUCCACUUAAAACUUUUCCACAAAGGCAUUCAGAAAUCAAGAAAACCAACACAGAGUACUUUUCCAAAGACAAAGAUGGUAUUUUUAAAUUACGAAACUUAUCUCGUAAAACUUCGAAGAAGCGUGGAUUACAUUUCUCUCAGGAAAAUACAGAAAAGAUAAAUCAUGAAAGAAUAACCAGUGAAGACCUAGAAAUUGCACCUGACAACCAAGAAAUAAGCCAGGAAGAUAUUGAAGAAGUUUGGAGAUACGUUAUUAUGAUCUACCUGCAAACCAUUUUAAGUUUGCCAUCCAUAGAAGAACUCUUAAACCCAAACCAAGUAAUUCCUCAAUAUAUAAUGUACAACAUGGCCAACACAAGUAAACAUGGAGUGGUCAUACUACAAGACAAAUCAGACGAUCUUCCACAUUGGGUUUUAUCUGCAAUGAAGUGCCUUGCAAAUUGGCCAAGAAGUAAUGACACCAAUAAUCUAACUUAUGUUGGAUUUGAACGUGAUGUAUUCAAAACAAUUGCAGAUUAUUUUCUAAAUCUCCCUGAACCUCUACUUACAUUUGAAUAUUAUGAAUUAUUUGUGAACAUUUUGGUUUUUUGUGGCUACAUCACAGUUUCAGAUAGAACAAGUGGAAUACAUAAAAUACAAGAUGAUCCACGGUCUUCAAAAAUCCAUGAUUUAAGCAAUUUGAAUUCCUUCAAAUCAACUGAGUGUCUUCUUCUCAGUCUGCUUUACAAAGACGAAAGCAAUGAAGAGUUGGAUUCUACUAAAAGACUACAAAGAAAUGAUCAAGGAUUUCAAGAAAGAUGUGCCAAGAAAAUACAGCUAGUUAAUUUAAGAAACAGAAGAGCUAGUGCUAAUGACAUAAUGGGAGGAAGCUGUCAUAAUUUAAUAAGCUUAAGUAAUACAAAUGCCCUGUCCUCCAACAUCAAACCAAGGUGCUCUUCUUUGGAAGGAAUUGUAGAUAAGCCAGUGAAUUCAAGUGAAAAGAAGUCCAGUAUCUUCCACCUGUCUGUUCUGAACAUAGAAGAACAAAAUAGUAAGCAAUCAUUAGUGUCUGCACCCAAACAGAAAUCCCUAUUUAAUCUUCACUCAGACGAAAAUGCUCAGCUGCCACACUGUGUUGGUUUUAAAAGAACCUCUGCUUUGACUGUUCAAGACCAAGAAGAGUUAUGUAAUGAAAAGUAUAAGUCAAGACAGCUUUGUAGAUCUCAGAGUUUACUUUUAAGAAGUAGUACAAGACAGAAUAGUUAUAUCAAUAAACCAGUGGCUGAAAUUAUAAUGAAACCAAACGUUGGACAAGGCAGUACAAAUGAGCUCGGAGAGUCUAGUACCACAAUCAAUAAAAGACUGUGCAAAAGUACCAUAGAACUUUCAGAGAAAUCUUUCCCUCCAGCUGCUUCUGUGUUGACUGGCACACAAAGUUUGCUGCAACCUCAUUUAGAGAGGGUUGCCAUCAAUGCUCUACAGUUAUGUUGUUUGUUACUUCCCCCACCAAAUCGUAGAAAGCUUCAACUCCUAAUGCGCAUGAUUUCUAGAAUGAGUCAAAAUGUUGAUAUGCCCAAACUUCAUGAAGAAAUAGGUACAAGAUCAUUGAUGAUAAAUACUUUUUCUCGAUGUGUACUACGUUGUGCUGAAGAAGUGGAUCUUGAUGAGCUUCUGGCUUCAAGAUUCGUUUCUUUCCUAAUGGAUCAUCAUCAGGAAAUUCUUCAAGUACCCACUUAUUUACAGGCUGCAGUGGAGAAACAUCUUGACUACAUUAAAAAGGGCAAUGUUAAAAAUCAUGGAGAUGGACUAGUUGUUCCUUUGCCAACAUAUUCUUACUGUAAACAGAUUAGUGCUAAAGAAUUUGAUGAACAGAAAAUUUCAACUUCCCAAGCUGCAAUUGCAGAACUUUUGGAGAAUAUUGUAAGAAGUAAAAGCUUGCCUCUAAAGGAGAAAAGAAGAAAAUUGAAACAGUUUCAGAAGGAAUACCCCUUGAUAUAUCAGAAAAGAUUUCCAACCACUGAGAGUGAAGCAGCACUUUUUGAUGAUAAACCUACAAUCAAGCAACCGAUGCUGAAUUUAAGAAACCCCAAGCUUCACAGUCUGCGGUACUGACUUAAAACUUCAACAAAUGAAGCCAUACAUGAGAAUUUUUCUACUUAAAGGAAGUCUGUUGAUAUUAUAGGUUCCCUUCAAAGGACAUUAUACAAGGAGGUGACAAAGCAGUCUUCAUCUGUGCUAGGCUGCUAAAGCUACUG